CAAGUGUUGGUGCGUUGACAAAAAUUUACACGCACACAAAUGUUGGUACAUUAAUAAAAAUUAGUUUUAGGUCGAAGUAAAAUGUUACUCCGGGGUAGUUCAAACAUGUGGUGUAGGGUACAAAUGGGAAAUAGCUUUAUCCAAUUUCGGUAUCCCAUCCCUACUACAUCUGCAUUUAGAUUAGAAAGAUUUGGCGAUGAGAUUCUCAGCUUACGUCCUUUUUUCAUCGUUUCUUUCCCUUCUUCGCAGGCUUGAGUAAACCUGGUUUUGGUUCCGGUCCAGGGCUAGAGAGAGUAAGCAGAAUCAAAGGAUAAUUGGAGAUGUCGAAAUUUACUUGGACGAUCGACAAUUUCUCAAAAUUGAAUGGCGAAAAGCAAUACUCUAAAACAUUUGAUGCAAAUGGGAACAAAUGGAGGGUGCUCAUUUUUCCAAAAGGUAACAGCACAGAUCAUUUGUCUGUGUACCUUGAUGUGGCUAAUUCGGAUAUCUUACCCGAAGAUUGGGAGAUACCACUAAGUUGCAGGAUAUUUCUUGUUAACCAGAUACACUGCAACAAAAGCAUCAAUAAAGAGACCAUGCACACUUUCAAUUCUCACGAAAGUGAUUGGGGCUUCACACGUUUUAUUCCACUUAAUAAACUUCAUAAUAAAAGUGGAGGUUAUAUUGUUAAUGACACGUGUGUGAUUGAAGUUGAAGUUUAUGGUUAUUAUACAGGACCUAUAGAUAAAGAUUCAGAUUCUUCAGUUGCUAUUGAUCCAGUGGAACCUGUGUACAUCCAGGCUCAAUCACUUUUAGACUCACUGCCCAAGCCACCAUCCUUGGGCUUUGGGGUGUGAUGGAAUAAAUCAAAAUGGAUCUCUAAACUGUCUGCGCUUCUUUAAUUAAUGAAGUAGCAGUUAGUCAAGCAAUGCAACUUUCGACGUUGAGCCGGGGGUCUCUUUGGAAACAGCCUCUCUACUUUCGAGUAGAGGCAAGGUCUGCGUA